AGCCAUCAUGACCGUCAACUACAUGCAAGCAGCAGCGACUGCGAGAGGUGGAUCGUUCAUAAAACUGCUGUUUCGCUGGCGAGGAAGUGUAUGGAAGCUUGUUUGGAAAGAACUAACAAUCUUUCUUUUUGUGUACUUCAACAUGAGCGUAUUAUACAGGUUCUUCCUGAAGGGAAAUGUACUUGGCACAACCUUUGAACUAAUUGUGCGUCACUGCCGGUCUCUCUUUAGCCAAACGGAGCCGGUCAUUUCGUUUGCCAUGGGUUUCUACGUAGCCCAAAUCGCAGAUAGAUGGUGGAGAAUUUUUAUGACAAUUCCUUGGCCAGACAGCUUUGGUUUGCAUUUGUGCGGGCUGCUGAGAUCUCGCACUGGUGAAAAGUAUACGGAAGCUGAUAGAACAGUUCGCAGGACUGUUAUGCGUUACGUGAUACUGACCUAUGUCUUAGUCUUUAGAGACAUAAGCGAAAGACUCAGGCGAAGGUUUCCAACCUACAACCAUCUGGUACCUGCGCUGAUGACAGAAGUAGAAAAGACAAAGCUUGAGAAUGAAGAUAUCAAACGAGCAUACUGGCUGCCCAUUGAAUGGGCAAUCCAGCAUCUACGAAAAUGCUACUAUAGAGGACAACUUGAAGAGUAUCACUUUUCAACGUUGUGUGGGACCGUUCUGCGAUACCGUGAAAUGAUGCACAGCAUUCUUUCUUUUGACUGGAUAAAUGUACCAUUGGUUUACACUCAGGUUGUGCACAUCUGCAUAUGUGCUUACUUUAGUAUCAAAUGCUUUUCAAAUCAGCCUAUAUAUGAGGAAGGAGAGAAAACAUGGAUAAAUGAUUUUGUCAUUCCUUUAUACGCUAUUUUUGAAUUCGUCUUCUUCGUGGGUUGGCUGAAAGUAGCUCAGGUAAUGCUCAACCCAUUUGGAAUGGAUGAGGAUGACUUCGAGAUAGAUGGACUUGUGGAAAGAAACUUACAAGUUGGCUACUCUUAUGUGGAUACGAUGUUUGAUAGACUUCCACCACUAGUUUAUGUCGAUGUGACCACACUCCCUCAUACCAAGGCAUCCAUGGCUUUACUACCUAAAGCCACUCCAAUGGUUGGUUCAGUUGCACAUGUGCAUGUACCACGAGCUGAACAGCGAAUAAUAAGUAAGGAGGAUUUAGAAAAGAUUAGGAAAUUGCUGGGUCCAACCUUUGGCAGUCGUUACGCAUCCAGAAGAAGUGAUAUGGGAUCUUUGGCGGAAGACGUUCCACAAUUAGCCGUUGGUAGUCGCGAAAUGCUGCUGCCAAAAACGGAUGUUAAGCCACAAGUCACUCAAGUUGAAGAUAGUCGCGAAAUGACGAGGCAGAGUGUUUCAAAGAAUUACACUGCUAAAACCCCCGAGAACCUUCUGAAACCAGCAGCGAGUGCAGCGAAAAGUACGCGCAAGAAAUCUUCUAAGCGCAAGGCUUUAUCCUCUAUUCAGCAAAAAGAGUUCGAGUUGGAUCAAACACAAAACACCUCAGAGUCUAAGCCACCGUCGACACCCAAUAAAAUCAUAACGAUUCAAAUGCAGCGGACGCAAGAUUCUACCAGGGAAAAAGCGGAAAGGGCGAUGAAGAAACUCAAAUCUGCACCAACGUCGGCUGUGUCAAGUACAAAAACGCAGAAGAGUAAAGGAACACUGGAAACGGCUAGAACGCCUUACAGCACUCUAUCUAAAAGAAUCAGUUUUGGGCAGUUCUCUCGAGAAGCACGCGCAUACUCAGUCGACAAGACUCUGACAGGACUACCAGCUACCGUAAAGUCAAAGAAAUAUCACGUCAGCCGAUACCUUGAAGACUUCGUUCUUGUUCUCAACGGUGAAAGUCACAUUUGCUGA